GUGACAUCUCUCAUCUCUCUUCCACACCAUCCAUCCGGCAUCCAUCAUGUCAACACCAAAAAUCUCUUUCAAGGUGCCUCAGGAUGACUCCAACGCGCUUUCUGGGGACGUCACUGCCCACGAUAUCGCCAGCGCCCCGGGCAAGGAGCGCGAGCGCGAACCCCUCUUCGGCGGAGACACAGCCAACAUCAGCAAUUCGGACGCAAUGGAUGUUGACGCAAACGGAGGAGAGUCAUCAGGCGCGCUGCAGUCCGCCUCGGGAAUGGCGGGCGCGUCUCCAAGCCUCGACCCUCCCGCAGACGGCGCGACGCCAGCGGGUGCGGGUGACGCGCGCAUGAGUUCUAACGACUUGCACGCGCUCGCUACAACGUACCUCGCGAGCCAGACGCACCCGCUUGUCGUGCCUUCGUACUCGUCAUGGUUCUCCCUGUCGACCAUCCACCCGAUUGAGCGCAAGUCGCUCCCCGAGUUCUUCAGCAAGCGCAACCGUUCAAAGACACCCGCUAUCUACAAGGACUACCGCGACUUCAUGAUCAACACGUACCGCCUCAACCCAGGAGAGUACCUUACCGUCACUGCCUGCCGCCGCAACCUUGCCGGCGAUGUGGGUGCGAUCAUGCGCGUUCACGGCUUCCUCGAGCAGUGGGGCCUUAUCAACUACCAGGUCGACCCCGACACGCGCCCCGCACCUCUCGGCCCGCCUUUCACCGGCCACUUCCGCGUGACCGUCGACACGCCCAAGGGGUUGAGCAACUUGCACCCGGGGAGCAAGCCCGGCACGGGAGCUCUGGCAGCAUCCAACGGGAUCAAGCCCCAUCCGACCAACCUCGACCUUCGCAAGGUCAUCUACCAGAGCACGGCCAAGACUACAAAGCCUACGACCGAGGAGAACGCGAAGGCCGCCGUCGAGCAGAGCAACGGGGCCGCACCGCCCCAGCCCAAAAGCUACGCGUGUGAGACGUGCGGUACCGACUGCACGCGUACGCGUUACCACUCGCUCAAGGACGGCGAGUACACUGUGUGUCCGAGCUGCUACGUGAGCGGGCGCUUCCCGAGCACCAUGUUCUCGGGUGACUUUGUGCGCCUCGACGACGAGGUGUUCAAACACGGCAUGAGCGGCGCCGGCCCCGAGUGGAGCGACCAGGAGACACUGCUGCUCCUCGAGGGUGUCGAGAUGUAUGACGACGACUGGAAGGCGGUUGCGGAUCACGUUGUCACUCGCAGCAAGGAGCAGUGCAUCGCCAAGUUCCUGCAGCUCCCCAUUGAGGACAGCUACCUGUCCGCGGACCCUGCUGCCCAGCUUGGCCCGCUCCGCUACCAGGCCGGCAUGAACGGCGUUCCGUUCGAAGGUGCGGAGAAUCCUGUCAUGAGCGUCGUCACUUUCCUUGCCUCCGCUGUCGGUCCUGCAGUGGCCGCUGCCGCCGCGCAGAGCGCGCUCGGUGAGCUGGCGCAGAGCCUGAAGAGAAAGCGGAAGAACGAGGACACGGAGAAGGAGGGCGAGAAGCGCGCCAAGUCGGAAGACAUCAAACCCGAGGCAGGGCAGACCGGCACACCCGACGCGACCGAGGAGGGGGAGAAGGACACGUCGGCUCCCAAGGAGGUCUCGGCGGAGGCGGACGCGGUCGCGGAGAAGGAUGGUGACGCGCCGACCAAGAGUUCAUUGGAGCGGGCUGCGAGCGUGGCCCUCGGUGCGGCGGCGGCCAAGGCGGCGACGCUGGCAAGUCACGAAGAGGGGCGCCUGAGCGCGCUCGUGUCCCGCCUCGUGGCCGCGCAAGCGCGCAAGGUCGAGCUCAAGCUCGCCCUGUUCGAGAAGCUCGAGGACGUGCUCGAGGACGAGAAGCGCAAGCUCGAGCUCGACCGCCAGCGCCUCUUCCGCGACCGCCUGACCGUGCAGAAGCAGUUGUCCGAAGUCGAGCGGCUGCUGGAGCGUGCGCGCAACGAGCCCAAGUCCGUAACGGGUGCGCAGGUUGAUGCCGUGCGUGCUGCCCUCGCUCCCAACACGGCCGAGCAGGCCGCGCGCCUCGCUCCCGAGGCGGAGGCGGCGGCUGUCGCCGCGCUACAGACCGAGACAGCGGCGGUGCCGACGGGUGAGGGUGCUCAACCACCGCAGGAGCAGCCUUCUGUCGCGCAGCUCUAGAUUGUUCGUAGUAUGCAUGUAUGAUUAGGACUGC